AUGGCCCCGAAACGUAAAACUACAGAAGAGGCAGGCCUUUUGCCGCAGAAAAGGUCUCGCAAGAGUGCUGCGGAGGAGACUCCCGAGCAAGACUAUGCUUCAGACGAUUCCGCCGAUUACAAGGUCAACUACACCGACAAUGGUACUUUGAGGGCCGAGAGCGAGGCUCGUCGCGCCUGGAAUUACGUCUGCCAGACAUGCUCGCAACGUUUCAACCGACCAUGCCGUCUCGAAACGCAUAUGCGAAGCCACAACAAGGAGCGACCGUUUGUCUGUACCGAACCCGGCUGCGAUAAGACGUUUCCCCGCAAAGAUCACUUGCAACGCCACCUAAAGAACGCUCAUAGUGACCCGGCAACCGAGCGAACGUUCAUAUGCGACUGGAACGGAUGCGGCAAGCGUUUCACCUCCAACGGACGGCUCCAGAGGCACCGAGACGUCCACGAGUCCAAGUUCUACUGCACCGACUUUCCCCCAUGCAACGAGGCGUUCAGGAAGGCGAAGGCAUUGGAGGCACACAUCAAGGGUCAGCAUCUCGAAGUCAAGCCCUACAAUUGUGUUCAUGUGGAUGAAGAGACCGGCGAGAGAUGCACGAGUGGCUUUCAGACUGAGGGAGCUUUACAACGGCAUAUGGAAAGGGCGCACGCAUACACGCAAGAACAGGGCCACUUCUGUAUGCUCUGUGUAACUGGUGCAGAUCCGGAAACAUUGCAGACCGAGUCUGUCGACACAUCCAUCAUCCCGACACAACUGCCGUCUUUCGCUACAAAAGAGGAGCUAGAGACGCACACGACCGAGUGUCACCCGCCAGUGUGCACGGAAUGUGGUCAGAAGUUCAAGACUGUAUCGAAUUUGAAGACACACUUCGACACCGCACAUGGCGAUCCACAAGAGCAAUCGCAGCAUGCUUGUCCCAGACUGGGCUGCGAGAGUGUCUUCAAUCGAAAACACAACCUCACCGUUCAUAUUCAGACCGUCCACGACAAGCAAUUCAAGUACUCUUGUACCUCGGAUGCUCUACAAAGUUCGAAACACGCAGAUCUCAGAGCCUGGAAUGGAGAGAAUGCAUGUGGUGCUUCCUUCAAAGCCAAGUCGUCUCUUGAUCAACACGUUCGGACACAUCAUCUUGGUCUUGGCAACCGUAAACAGCUGCGAAAGGCCGCAAAAUCCAAGAAGAAGCCGGAGCCCUCGAUGCUGACGAUGCUUACCGGUGUCGGUUACGAACAAGGCCGAGAGGUACCGUGUUUGGUCAAGACAUGCGAGUACCGCUUUUACAUGGACCGCGAUCUACGCCGUCAUCUGCUCGCCGAGCACAACAUUCCCGAGGACGAGAUCGAGGAGCUGAUCCAGGAGCGCGAUGCUGUUAGCGGAGGACAGUUCUGGAUUGGUGGAUUCGACGAUUCCAUGAACAUGUUCGACUCUGCUACGCCAAGCAUGCCAGAGACGCCGGCUCCAUAUUUCACGGAAGGUAACAUGUCCAUGCUACCCUACCCUGAUCCGAAGAGCACAGAUACACACCAUGGCUUCUUCGAUCAGCAGUUUGACCAGCUCUCUCUCCUGAAGGAUGACGCUGAGAUGGAUAUGGCUAUGGGCUUAGACCAUCUGCCACCGGCCAUGGAUGCGCAAGAGGGUCUACAGUGGGAUAUGCUAGCUCCAGUUGAGCAGUACAAUAGCGAUCUCACUCAUGGCUAA